GCUGAUGUUCCCCGAGCUCUGCUGAGUGCCCUGGCUCCCCGGCAGCCCACCUGGGGCAGGAACUGUCAGAGCCCACCCCCUGGCAGACCACCUGGCAGGCUGGAAACCAAAGGCUCCUGUCAGGAGCUGUGCCAGGCCCGUAAGAGAAAGGUUUGGUUGUGACCACACUGGGGUUUCUUGGCCACAGGACAAUGACGACCUUCGCUCAGUGGCUUUCACCCUUUUCAGCACCCUGGCAGGCUGCAUAAAGGGAAGAUGGAAAAGCUGUUAUAGGAACCAGGUGAGGCAGAGCUUGGCAAUGCUCUUGUUUCACCUGGAGGACCUCAACCUGCAGGUGGCCAUGGAGUGCAGAACAACGCUGAGCCUCUGCUGCCCUUACCUGGGCUUAAGGAGGGUACAGGCAGCCCUGGCCUUCCAUGUCCUGGGGUCAGGACAGGUGAAACAAGAGCAGCUGCUGAGGGACCUCUGCAGGCACUUGGCCAAAGAAAAACCUGUCCUCCUGGAGGGUCUCUGCCAGGCAGCCCAGAGGAACUACAUGAGCCUGUGGCCAGAGAUCUGGAUGGCAACCAUCACGCUGACAGGUGAGAGAGGAUGCCUGGUCCCUUUUCAUUCUCCCCUCCCCCCCGGGAGGCAUGGUAAAGCUGUUGCUGAGCAGGAUCAGGCUGUUGAUCAGCCUGUGCCUCAGGUUCCCCAGAAAGGAUGUGGAAAGGAUGAUGCUCCCAGAUGA